AUAGUUUGCCACAAGUUGUAAGACACAUCGUAAAAACUUGAGAGUUAAUAAUAAGAUGCCUAAUCAAGUUUGUGUUAUUUGCGGUGAAUAUAAAAGGUCGAGAAAAGUUUCCUUUUUUCUAUCCCUAAACAAGAUACAAGAUUGAAAAAUAAAAGUGAUAGAGAGUUAGUUGAAAGAAGAAUUGCAGCUUGGAUGGCAGCUAUUGGAUCUAAUAUCAAUAAGUACUAUGGUACACCCUCUGUGUGUUCUUUACAUUUUCAUUCAGGCAAACCAGCAUACAUGUUUUAUGUAGAUGAUGUUGACUGGGUUCCGUCAAAGAAUUUAACUAACACAGAUCAACAUGAUGAACAAGAUCAUGAUUUUGAUUCAGACUUAUCACAUGCACACCCAAGUUGUGAAGACAGUUUACGAGUUGAUGACAGUACAGUGCAUGAGAUCAUUGUAAAUUCAAGCAGUCUUAGUGACAACAGCACAUUGCAUGAUAAUGUGUUGCAUGGCACAUUUCAAAGUAACGACAUUACAAUGGAUGACACUUCUUUGGAUUCUAACUUUGAACAUAAUGAUACCUCUACAGCGAAAUGCCUUUUUGAAAUCCAAAAUCUUGUUAAUUUUUUGAAAAAAGGGAUUACUAAUCCGGAAGAACAAACAUUAAGAGAAAUUAAGACACAUUUUGAAACGUUUCAUUCUACAAUUCAAACAGAAUCUGACAAGGUGUUACAUUCACAGACACAAGUUUCUCCUAAAGUCAUUAACUUGGGUUAAUGACGAAUAAAUAUAAAAUAAAUAAAAUUGUAUGAAGUUAUAUGGCUUCUGAGAAUCACAAUUCCAUUUGGCAAGGGGAAUGCAAGAAGUUUGUCCGAGAAGGUAUUAGUCAAGUAUUGUUCUGAGGACAAUAAAUUGUUUAUGGCCUCAACUUUUUCACCGUCACUGCAAUUACGCCCCACGACUAAAUGAAUAAUCAUGUGGUUCUUAGUUAUUGGAGGGAUUAACGUUUCUAGUUCACUUCCACAUUUGAAUAAAUUUAGGUCCAAUACCAACGGAUCACUACAAUUUAGAUCUUCAAGUACUUUACAGUAUAUUUUAAAUUCGUCUUCAUCUAAACUUUUGGCAAAGUCUGACACUUUAUAUGGAAGUCGGGAAGCACUCAUAUUAGAGUUACAUCACUGCACACAAAAGUGACAAAACGAAACCAAAACAGAAAACAGGACAAUAACAUUUGCGAAUCUGACUGCUUCUUGAACAAAGGACUUGAAGUAGACGUGGAGUCAAGCGUAAUAAAAAGUUUAGUUCUGCUAUCUGUCGCUGUGG